AAAUAUUGCGGUAUUUAGUUUCUUGUCAGACAUCGUUCGGGAAGAACAAGUUGUCGAAAGGUAGUUGUGUAAUAUGGAAGGAAGUGAACACCAUUUAAAAAUAUGUCAGGCCCAGGCUAGAUGGUCAAACAAAAUUAUAUCCGCUAACUACCGUGUUCAUGAAACAAUUUUAAAUAUUGGUAAUUUUUUUUUGCAUUUGCAAUCAAAACCGUGUGUGAGUGGUGCAAAAUCGAUUUCGAAACCACAAGUUAAAUAUGCCCGUAUCGCGAACGUAUUUUCAUUACCUCAUUUGCUAAAAAAAAAAUAUGGGAGCCUUACUGUUAUAAUUACUCUUUUGACGGUUAUCGCAAAUUGUUUAACUGUUGGCCUAUGCUCGAAUUAUCUUAACCUUCACGAUACCUCGGAUGUACUUAUGUUGGGUACUAAAUCAGCUGCGCGAAAUUAUAGUAACAAUGACUCAGAUAGCAUAUUGACUGCAUUGACUUCGUCAUCGACACCCCAAACACAUCCAAGGCAUCGUAUGCGUCGCGAUACUCCAAGCGCCAUCAAAAUUGUUGGAAUACGGUUGGAAGGUGAUUCGUCUAGUGAUAGUGAAGGUAUUCCUAGUGUGCUGAGUAACAACGAGCAGCAAAUACGAAUUUUUGGAACAGGAAUACAGGAAAAUACUGUUAUAGCGUUUACAAACGAGGCAAAUGUUUAUCAGGGACCUUGCCAAAAGCCAGCCACGGAACUCUUCAAAGCAACCAAUGUAUCAUCCGAUGGUUUCACCGCUACUUACACAGUUCUGUUUCCCCCAGCAAGCACAGUAUUUUACAUUUGCGCGAAAAAUGCCGAAAAUGCUGAGCAAAGCACUGCAGCAAACGCUAAGCCACUUGAGCAUCAAGGCGAUGCAAAAUGGGUUCAAAUCCAAACACAUGAACAUUUGUUACCAGUAUGGUUGUCAAUUCUUAUUAUUGUAAUCUGUUUGUGUUUCUCGGCAUUAUUUUCUGGUCUCAAUUUGGGUCUGAUGGCUAUGGACCGCACGGAAUUAAAGAUAUUGCGGAACACUGGCACGGAGAAAGAAAGAAAAUACGCAGCUAAAAUUCAACCUGUUCGAGAUCAAGGUAAUUAUCUGUUGUGCAGUAUUCUCUUGGGGAAUGUGUUGGUUAACUCCACCUUUACCAUUCUGCUGGAUGGUUUAACUUCCGGACUAUUUGCUGUCAUAUUUUCCACACUGGCAAUCGUACUUUUUGGUGAAAUAACACCACAGGCUGUUUGCUCCCGACAUGGCUUGGCAAUUGGAGCAAAGACUAUAUUAAUUACCAAAACUGUAAUGGCCAUUACCGCACCACUUUCGUAUCCGACCUCUCGGGUUCUUGAUAUAUUGUUAGGGGAAGAAAUUGGAAAUGUCUACAAUCGCGAACGUUUAAAAGAACUUGUUCGUGUUACUAACGACAUAAAUGACUUGGACAAAAACGAAGUAAACAUCAUAUCCGGUGCAUUAGAAUUGCGAAAAAAAACUGUUGCCGAUGUAAUGACUCAUAUUGAUGAUGCAUUUAUGCUUUCCUUGGAUGCUGUGCUUGACUUUGAAACUGUGUCUGAAAUUAUGAACUCGGGCUAUUCUCGAAUCCCUGUGUAUGACGGUGAUAGAAAAAAUAUUGUCACCUUGCUUUAUAUAAAAGACUUAGCAUUUGUCGACACCGAUGACAAUACACCAUUGAAAACACUAUGUGAAUUCUACCAAAAUCCUGUUCAUUUCGUGUUUGAGGACUAUACGCUGGACAUUAUGUUUAAUCAAUUUAAGGAGGGUACGAUUGGCCACAUAGCAUUUGUACACCGAGUAAACAAUGAGGGCGAUGGUGAUCCGUUUUAUGAAACAGUUGGUCUUGUGACACUGGAAGAUGUUAUUGAGGAGCUUAUUCAAGCCGAAAUUGUUGACGAAACUGAUGUAUUUGUGGAUAACCGUACAAAAACUCGUCGUAGUCGUUAUAAGAAAGCAGACUUCUCUGCAUUUGCUGAGCGGCGCGAGGCUCAAGCUGUACGCAUUUCACCACAAUUAACUUUGGCUACAUUCCAGUACUUAAGCACAGCGGUUGAUGCCUUUAAAAAAGAUGUCGUUUCGGAACCUAUUUUGCGGCGAUUACUUAACCAAGAUGUUUUUCACAAUAUAAAAGCAAAGGGAAAAAGUAAAGUUGACCCAAGCCUGAUUAUAUUUACACAAGGCAAAGCCGUCGAUUUUUUUGUACUUAUAUUGGAGGGUCGCGUAGAAGUGACUAUCGGCAAAGAGGGACUUCUCUUUGAGAGUGGUCCUUUUACUUACUUUGGAACUCAAGCUUUGGUACCAAAUGUAGUUGUUGAUUCGCCGACUCAAAUGGGAUCCUUACAGUCUUUAAACAUGGACUCAAAAAUAAGACAAACUUUUGUACCGGAUUACUCUGUUCGUGCUACAACAGACGUUAUAUACAUCGCCAUUAAGCGCAGUCUUUACCUUACCGCUAAAAAGGCAACAUUAUUAGAAAAAACUCGCAAAUCUGGUACUUUUUCUAGUGAAACAUUUGAUGAUGAGGUGGAGCGUUUGUUGCAUUCGAUUACUGAAGAUGAAAAACCGCGAUUUUUGACAGCAAGUCUUAGUACGAAACGUUUGUCUAAACCAAAUAGAAGUGUAACAUCAUCUCCCACAAUUAAUGAUGUAUCUCAUGAUGACAAAAGCAACAGCGUUAGUGGCCCAGCCCACCUAGAUCGACCCGGUAAUCCUGAACAUACAGAAGACGCCUCUUUAAGUAGUCUUGUUACUUCGGACGCUGUCAAUGAUCUUCAAAAUGGAGAGAACGAUGACAGGGAAGUAACUGCAGCUUCCACACCGCUUUUACCAAAGCCUGAUGGCGCCAACGAGUCCAACCAGAAUAAACCACUCUAACAAGAAUAUCCACUUUCUAUUAUUCGUAUGUAUACGUAUACCAACCAAUACCUGUUUGCUGCAAAUCAAUUUUCAGUAGCAACCGAAAAUGUAAUUUAAUCUUCAUUUUCUUGAGUACUUUUAUUUUCUCCUGUGUUUUUAGUUCAUAAUUUGUAAUUUGUUUAAUUCUUAUUUAAAAAAAUUGUUAAUUUAGAAUUGUUUAUAUAUACAACAUUUAAAAUUGUUGUAUAUUUGUGGUAUGCCGUAUUAUUCGUCUUUUUAUAUCUUCCAUAUACAUUUUGUUUACCUCAGUGCGUAAAGAAUAAAUACGUUAAAUAAAACCCAAUGUACUUAAAAAGUGAAUUGAAGCAUCACUUUUAGAAUCCGUA